AUGGACGGGUAUGACGUCACCAUCAAUGUCGUGAAUUAUUCAAGAGGUCGAAUUCUCCCAUACCGCCGCGACACGACUUCUCACGUUGCCAACUCUGGAAGUUCGGUGACUUUCAAUUGUUCUGUUGACGGCGGAGAUGCCCGCGUUCGCUGGCUACACGAUGGCGUUCCAGUUGGAGGAGGGGAGCGAGUCCUCAGAGUGCAUGGUGUUGUGAGGGCACACCGAGGGAUGUACCAAUGCUUCGCCGAGAGGGACUUGGAUAGCGCGCAAGCAGCAGCCGAAUUGAGGCUUGGAGAUACAGUACCAGAGCUGCACUACACUUUCAUAGAGCAAGCAUUACACCCAGGUCCAGCCUUAGCGCUUCAUUGUGCAGCGUCUGGUUCUCCUCCACCAAGGUUCACAUGGUUACUAGAUGCACAGCCUGUAGAGGAGCAUAAUACGCCACAAAGAACUAUUACUCAGUUCAUGAACUCAAAUGGUGACGUAGUAAGCUAUCUCAACUUGACCUCUGUACGUCCUGAAGAUGGUGGAAGAUACACCUGCCGAGCACACAACUCAAGAGGAGCUGUUGAACAUUCCACGAGGCUCAACGUCUAUGGUCAACCAUCGAUAAGGAGCAUUGGCCCCAUCCGCGUGGUGGCGGGUGUGAACACCACCAUCUUCUGUCCAUACUCCGGAUUUCCAAUCAGUGAAAUCCGCUGGCAACGAGGUGGCAUAGAUUUAAGUUCAACGGGGAGUCGAGCAUUAGCUGGAGUUGGUGGAGAGUUACUAUUGUGGCCAGCUGAAACUGCAGAUGCUGGAGUAUACUCCUGCAGAGUAUCGUCACCCUCUGGACAGUAUGCUCAAAAAGACGUUCAAAUAUUUGUUAGAAAUCCUCCAAGAAUAGCCGGCUUCACGUUUCCAACGGAUUUAGUAGAAGGAAGCUCAAUACAAGUUCUUUGUGGUAUUACUUCCGGUGAUAAACCUGUCUAUUUUUCGUGGCUCAAAGAUGGACAACACAUAUCACCUACCUUACAGGUUCAAGAAAAAUCCUUGGAUGAAUUCAGUUUUUUAAUUUUUUCUCAUGUAACUUCAAAACACAGUGGGGAAUAUACCUGUGUUGCUAGUAAUUCUGCAGCUGAAGUAAACCAUACUGCAAGGUUGGCAGUCAAAGUUGCACCGUCUUGGGUUUAUGAACCACAAGAUGUAUCAGCUCUGUUGGGUACUCAAAUAUUGGUUAAUUGUGCAACCAAAGGGUAUCCAGAGCCAAGAGUGGCCUGGCUGAAAGGGCAUGGAACAGGUGUAGACUUCAGACCGGUGUCAAACCUUGAUCUGCAGUUUGCAGUUUUAUCAAAUGGGUCUCUGAGCAUAGCUCCAGCUGCCCACCAUCACGAGGGACAAUACAUGUGUCGCGCUGAAAACGGAAUCGGUCGAGGCCUGUCCAAGAUUAUCGCUGUAUCUGUAAACGAACCGGCACAUUUCGAAUUCUCAUCGCGGAAUAUGACGGUCAAGAGAACCGCUCAAGCUACACUCCAAUGUGACGCCCGUGGCGACCCUCCCAUACAGCUGCAGUGGACGCACAACAUGAAAAGAGUGGACCUCACUACUUACCGAAUGUCAGUGUCAGAAAAGCGAUCUGAGAGUGGAGUGAGCUCUCAAUUAACUAUUGCACACACUGAGCGUCACGACUCUGGAGUGUUUCGGUGUAGAGCUGAAAACGCCUACGGAAGAGACGAGCUGCUGAUAUACCUCGCGGUGCAAGAAUUUCCGGAAGCCCCUGUUGGUCUCCACAUAUCUCAUCGGUCAGGUCGUGGGGCGACAAUUUCGUGGCGGAAAGGAUAUGAUGGCAACGCUAGAGUGUUGCUUUAUAGGCUGCAGUAUCGCGUGGUAGGAGAUGCGAGGAGACCAGAUGCUGGGGAUUGGGCAGACGCACCAACUAGAGAUGUACCGGCUGACAGAGUUAAUGAAAGACAGGAACAGAAUUCUGGCAGUGACCCUUUUCUGGAGUAUCGGGUGGAAGGCUUGCGACCUGCCACAGCCUAUGCCUUGAGACUCGCAGCUGUCAACAGUAUAGGAGACAGUGACUAUUCUGAUCCUGUCAUUGUUCAAACUUUAGAAGAAGCGCCCUCGGAGCCUCCUCAUAACGUACAAGUUCAAGCAACUGCGCCCGGAGAACUUCUCGUCAAAUGGCAGGCCCCGCCACAAGAGUCGUGGAACGGUGAGCUCCUGGGCUACGUGAUAUCGUGGCACGAGACAUCUGCGGGUGACAAUCGCACUUCGACGCUGUCGGCGCCGGGCUGGGGCGCGGCGCACGCGGUCCUCGUGGCGCUGCGCACCAACACGCAGUACUCAGUGCGGGUGAACGCAUUCAAUGCAGUAGGCGCCGGCCCUGGGGCUACGCUCACUGCUACUACUUUGGAAGGGGCUCCCGAAGCGUCUCCAGAACGUGUACGCUGCGAGUCACUAUCGGCUCAAUCUAUAAGAGUGUGGUGGGAGCCGCCACCGGUAGCUCUGCGUGGUGGAAUACUACUGGGUUAUGAAGUACUCUAUGAGACUGCAGAUGCAUUAGAAAGUCAAGUUGAAACGCGUCGCUCAGGAGCAACGGAGACCAUACUUCAAGCGCUACAGCGUGCAGCCAACUACAGCAUAGCAGUACGAGCUAGAACUGGUGCAGGUAUUGGACCUGCCAGCGAGCCUGUGUAUUGUAUCACACACGAAGACGUGCCGGGAGCUCCCAUGGAUAUAAAAGCAGUACCGAACUCCGAGGACACAGUGAUAGUCAGCUGGCUGGCGCCGCUACAGAAAAACGGAAAGAUCAAACAUUACACUGUUUACAAUAGACCGCAGAGGACCGGACAACACUCUCAAAUAAUGGUGCUGCAUACCGAUGACGAAGAAGAAUAUCAAGUUGAAGUCCGUGGCCUCCAGGAGCAUCAGACGUAUGAGUUCUGGGUGACAGCCGCCACAGCGUCCGGUGAAGGAGAAAUGAGUGCUAUCGUCGCAAAGAAACCGAACAGUAGAGCCCCAGCCAAAAUAACGUCGUUUGGCCGUCGUCUCGAAGCCCGUGCAGGAGGGCGAGCGCGCGUGCGGUGCGCGGCGGCGGGCGCGCCCCCCCCUCAGCGCUCGUGGUCGCGGCGCCGCCCCGCGCCCCCCCUGCAGCACGACCACAACUAUCUCAUCGAUGGCUCCUUUCUUAUUAUACUGAAUGUUGAUCGCAACUCAGCUGACAACUACACAUGCACCGUUCGAAACCCUUGGGGUGAAGAGCGUAGUACCUGGGAGCUGAGAGUAUUGGCAGUCCCUGGCCGUCCCGUACUCAGGCUAAGUGCCUCCGCACCUGGCAGAUUACACCUUGUAUGGGAGAAGCCCAGUACUGGCGGUUCUACUAUUCAUGGCUACAUUGUUGAGCAUUCACGUUCAGAUGAUGCAAAAUGGUUAUCGAACCGGUUGCCCGCCGACUCCCGCUCAUAUACUUUAGAGCGAUUAUCUUGUGGCACUUUGUACAAAGUGAGACUGACUGCGUACAAUACCGUGGGACCAUCCGCACCUAGCGAUGAACUCGUGGUAUCUACUAAGGGAGGACCAUCAAAAGCUUCACCAGAAAAAGACCUCAUUAGUACAAACAGCUCUUGUAUACGACUCAACCUAUUGACAUGGGACAGCAACGGAUGCCCAUUAUCUCAGUUUACGGUAUCAGUGAGAGGCUUUGAGGAGUCAUCUUGGACCUCCCAAACGGUGUCUCCAGCUGCACAGCCUACAGUACUCUGUGGGUUAACUGCAGCAACAUGGUACCAUCUGAAGGUUAUAGCGACAAGCGCGGCUGGAACUACUUUGGGGACUUAUUAUUUUUCAACCUUAACUGAGAGUGGCGAGAAAAUAGCAGCUCCAGCUCACUUCCCCCCUGGUGGGGAAGAAGGUGAAGAAAGAGCUACGGCAGUUUUAGUAGCAGGAGCCUGUGGUUUACUUGCUGCAUUGCUGCUUUUAGCUGCAUUAGCUUAUAAGCGAAGUAUUGCAACCGCGUGCUUUAGGAAAGGUUACGAACAAGGUGAUAUAUCCGAGGAAGAAGAUAAAUCAGUGGAGAAAAGAGACAACAGACGUAAUUGUCAGCAGGUGUACACUUCGUCACCUAUCAAGCACCCUGUCAGCAAAAAGGAUCAACAGGAGAUGUACGAGAUCAGUCCGUACGCGACGUUCAGCAUGUCAGGCGGCGCGGUGGGGGCGGUGGGGGCGGAGGAGGCGGGCGGCGCCACGCUGCGCACGUUCGGGCGCGCCGAGCCGCCGCCGCUGCUGCAGGCCGCGCCGCCGCGCGCGCACCGACACGCGCACGACGCUCUCGACGAAUACACGCUCUCCCGUGCUAUGACGUUGAUGGUGCGUCGUUCGGAGUCAGAUUCUGACUCAAGCGGUUCACCAUGUGCAGAGUGCAACUCGAGCGUCUCUUAUAGGAUGCCUGUUACUCCUGGAAAAGUUCAAGAUGACGUGUUCCGUGCGGUGACAGACAGCAGCGCGGAAUCGGCAGCGGACGCACGAUCGCUCCGCGGCGUCAGCGCAGGAGCGGAGCGCGGCGGGGCGGGCGCGGAGCGGGGGGCGGCGAGGGGCGCGGGGGCGGCGCGACGCCGGACAAGGCGACAUCACGCGCCUUCCGCGUCGAGAUACCAGCAGCGGCAGGAACAAGAGAGAAGAGAUUUUACGAUACAUGUAUAG